GACUUAUCAAUGACUUGUUCAGCGAAAGCAUAGAUACCGAGUCAAGGGUCAAACGUGUUCCAUCCUGUUUUAUAUUUGUUCCGCGUUCAUCACAAACCUCUUAGUGUCAUUGAGUGUCUGGUUAGAUUUAUAUGAAUAAAAACUAUCCUUUGAUUAAAAAAGACCUUCAGACAAUGUCGCUUAAACCUGUUUUAGUUUGUUUUCUCACGUUCAUUUAAGUUUUUGCAACUCACAACAAAUAAUCGACAAUUUUAGACGCAAUUAUUUGGGUUGUCAAAGGUUAGUUUGUUCCACACGAUAAGCUUGUUCCAGGUCUCCAUGGCAACUAGCUAUUCAUCCGAAGACCUCCUGUUGUCAUUCAUGUGUUAAGUGGUCUUUUGUUAUGUAUUAUUAUAAGUGUUUUCUUUGCGAUCACGUCUAGCCAUUGCUUAUUUUCAUCUAAGGCCUUCCAUGACUUAGCCACGCAUUUUUGAGUAAAUUCAUCUUCACUAGGUCGAUAUGGUGGAUUCAGUGGUAAUGAUGGUUUUUAAAUCCACUGCUAUGAUGCUUUUCAACAAAGGUAAAAAACAAGCUUUGGAAAAGCUGCAACAUUCUGGAGAUGCAAUCGACCAAACCAUUUGUAGCUUGAUUGCCGGUGAGCUUGAUGAAAUCAAGUCAGAACUGAGGGCAGCGAGAGCAGCCCCUCUUAAAACAAGUAUUGACUUGUACAAGGAAGGACUCACAUCCAUUUCUUUCGAUACUGCUGAACCACCGCUGAAGAGAAUGAGAGUGGACCAAUUGGACGGCAGUGCGGUACCAACCUUCUAUAAAGUAAAGGUUGAGAUGAGCGAUGUAACCAAAAAGAGGUUUGCUGAUGCGCGCCUUGCAGCAGGGGAAGCCCUCGGAAAUACAAAGUUGGACAUAAAGGAGAUAAUUUUAGCUUUCUAUGUUAAAAUUAUGGCUACGCUCCUGGAAGACGCCGACACCGAUCCAGCGAGAGCUAUUUUGUUUUGUAAGAACUACUUAGAAAAACUGAAUUCCUUGCCAAAGAUCUCUAAUGAAUUCCACCAAGGAUUGGUUGGUUCGCCUUGGCAGAGGGCGGCAUCAUUCACAUCAAAACGUGUGGAAGUCAUUUGGUCUGUCUGCCAUCUGAAUCGCAUCGUUUUCGACGUUGCACAGUUUUCCGGAGCGGACAGUGUCCUUCAAGAACUCUUCGUCUGGCCGUGUAUCUCAAUUAGAAGUAGUGGGUCUAACACGGAGGAAGUUGAUCCACUGCGUGAUCCUCGGUUAGACAAGCUUUUAAAAUCAGAGGAUAAGGAACUCUGUUCGGUGAUGCUGUCGUUUGGCGACAACAACACUCACAAUCUUACUCUUCCUUGCAGUGUGGCAUCAAAUCCACAAGAUCAGUAUUUGGUGGUAAAUUACAACACGACCGAUAAGUUCAGCAGCCAUGGAAAAUUUCUCGACUCUUUUACCGUACCGACUGAAGGCCGUGCAGUGGAUGUAGCCACGGACAAGGAUGGUAGGGUUUACUUGCUGGUGACCAAGAAGCAGGAUUCUGAAGGAGGCAACAUGGAUCAAAAUUAUGAAGUGUUCUUAUAUGAUAACGACGGCAAACAUCCUUCCGGUAGUUUCCCCCUGAGAAGAAACUCUAAAGGACUCAAAUUGGCCGUGAACCAACACUCUGACAAGAUUGAACUGCUUGUUUUAGAGGGGAAAAGGGGUCAAAAGCUACAUGCUAGAGUGGAAGUCUACGAGGCCAAUGGUACUUUCCUCUCUCAGUUUGGAGAAAGGAUUCUACAGGAUGCGCAAGACAUCGUUAGCGGUAACGAUGGCCAUGUUUUCGUUUUGGAUAAAUGCCACGAGUCAGAAAAGAAAUUUAUUCGCGAGUUCGGUGUGGAUGGAUGUCAACUCCGACGGUAUAGCGUGGGUUCUGACUCGCUUGCCAUAGCAUUUUGUCGUCCAAGUAAAAGCGUCAUCGUUGUCUCAGCUUCCAACCCAAAUUGUUUCGAGGUGGCCAUACACCAAGUGGCAGACGGAAAACAUAACAAUCGCGAUCUUCAGCUACUGCGCAAACUGAAGGUCGAAAUAACAGGAAUCCUUUUGGAGCUACACGCUACAGUAACCCAAAAGGGACGCAUAGCUAUUGUCAUAGCAAAGAACUCAGAUUGCGGUAAACCGCAAGGAGAGCUCAUCAUUUAUUAAGGCCAUAGAGGGAGGUGUGUAUAAAUGGGAUUGAACAUUCAUGCCCUAUAAUUUGAAAGUGUUCACGAUAAAGUUUGGUGGUAGCUUAAAAUGAGACACUUUGAGUGCAUUAUACAUACAUAUUUCUUUUUAAGGAAAAUCAAUUCGCGGGUGGUAGGGCUUUUAUGAACUAGGACAAUGCUGCGUGUGUUUUCAGGUUAAUUAAAGUAAGUAGUUACUGUG